GCUGUAACCAACUCAUAAUUGUUAUCGUCUCAAAUACGCUUUGCUUUGUUCAUAUACAACUUUUUAACCUUUCUAGAGAGUUUCUAUAGAGAUGGCGGGUCGAGGAAAACAACUCGGAUCUGGCGCCGCGAAGAAGGCCACUUCUCGUAGUAGCAAGGCCGGCCUCCAAUUCCCUGUUGGUCGUAUCGCUCGAUUUCUCAAGGCCGGAAAGUACGCCGAGCGUGUUGGAGCUGGAGCUCCGGUUUAUCUCGCCGCCGUUCUUGAAUACCUCGCCGCUGAGGUGCUUGAGCUCGCUGGGAACGCGGCAAGAGAUAAUAAGAAGACUCGGAUUGUGCCUCGACACAUUCAGCUUGCUGUGAGGAACGACGAGGAGCUAAGCAAGCUACUUGGAGAUGUGACGAUUGCUAAUGGAGGAGUGAUGCCUAACAUCCACAAUCUCCUUCUCCCAAACAAGAAGGCUGGCUCAUCUAAGCCUACCGAUGAAGAUUAGGAUAUCCUAAGUGACAAAGAAGAUAACGAUGGAUAAAUGGUGUGAUGUCAGAGUGAAACACGCAAUGAUAGUAGAGGACGGUUACACAACAGCUGUGUGGUUGGGUUGGAUUAGUAGUAGUUGCAAGUUAUAUUUUGUUUCUGUUGUGUGAAUAUAUGAAGAACAACAUGUUUCCUUUCGUUUCCGGACACUUACAUGCUUUAGGGAUUCGUACUGUAAUACUCCACUUUGUUGACUUAAUGCAGUGGCUUGAUGUUUAUUCA